AUGUUGGGCGAUUUCAACUCCAGAGUAGGGAAAGCUUCCAGUAGAGGACAGGCGAUCGGGCAGCACGGAGAAGACAAAGUGAAUGACAACGGAGUGAGGAUGCUUGAAUUCUUGGGAAGCAACGAACUGAUGGUGUUGAACGGUAGGAGGGAAUGCGAUAAGCCGGAGUUCACAAGGCAACGGGCAGUUUGCAAUGAAUACUCAAUCCUCGACUACAUCCUGGUAGAUAGGGGAAGCACGCAGAUCCCAGAGCUGCACGAAAGUGCGAUAGAUAUAGGUUCGACCGACCACUUCCUCAUAUGGGCAAACAUCGACCGAUCUAGAAAGACGGAGAGUAAGAAACAGAGGAAAGUGUUUCGGUGGAAACGAGUGCGUCGGGGGGACGAGGGGGCACGGGAUGAAUUCCAGAAGGGACUAGCUGGUAGUGUAGAACCCUUCAGGAAACUGCUGAGAAGCGUCGAAGACGGACAGGGACUAGUGAACAAGAAGAAAAAGUGUAUUUGGGACGAAGUAGUGCAGAAGGCCAACGGAGGCCUGGAGGGAAACGUCAAGCAGAUGUGGGAAGGGAUUAGUGGAAUGGUAAAAAAGACCGCGCAAGGGGGGGAUACAGGGGUUGCAACUUUGCGAGGUGUGCACGGUGGACUAGUCAGCAGUGGGAAGGGAAAUAGGGAAAUUCUAGCAGGACACUACAAGGGACUUGGAGUGCCCUCGGAGGAUGAAGCUUUUGAUCAAGUGUUUAGGAAGGAGGUGGACGCAUGGGCCCAGAAAGAAGAAGAGACAUCGAAGGCAGACGUUGGGAACAUAGGACUUGAAAAGGUGUUUACUGAGGACGAGGUUGAGGCGUGUGUGGAAAAACUGAAGUACCACAAAGCAGCAGUAGCGGAUGGGAUAGUCAACGAGUUCAUGAAGUUUGGGGGGAAGGGGAUGAUCCAGCUGAUGGUACUGCUGUACAAUUGGGUGUGGAAAAACGAGUAUACGCCAAGUAGAUGGAGGGAAGGAGUGGUUGUGAACUUGUUCAAGAAAGGAGAUAAGACUGUCCCAGGAAACUACAGGGGGAUCACACUGUUGAACACAGUAGGAAAAGUGUUCUGUAAGCUGCUGAACGAUAGGAUAGUGGGAGUAUUGGAGAAGGAACAUAGCAUUAGUGAGGGCCAGGCAGGUUUCCGCAAGAAGAGGGGGUGCGUAGACCACGUGUUCACGGUAGGGAGAAUCAUCCAAGGUAGAAAGAGGGCGGGAAAGCCGACGUACUGCUUCUUCCUGGACGUGAAGAAGGCAUAUGAUACAGUGUUCAUCAACGAUCUGUUGGAAGUCGUAGAGGCAGUCCGGAAGGGAGUAAAAGUAGGGGACACGGAAACGUCGGUUUCAGGAAUGCUGUUUGCGGAUGAUUUUGUCGGUAUGUCGGACACCCCUGAGGGACUGCAAUUGCAAAUUGACGCGGCGAAGAAGUUUACUGAUAAGUGGAGAUUGUUUGCUAACGUAAAGAAGAGUGCCGUCAUGAUAUGCAACGAGAACAAGGAGGAACCAGUAGAACAUAGAUGGAAGUGGGGGAUCGAGGAGAUUGCAGUAGUGGACCAGUACACAUACCUUGGAGUAGAGAUCGCAAAAGACUGCUCGUGGAAUGCACACAUGUCCAAGGUAGCGGAAAAGGGCAAAUCACGAGCAGGGAAGCUGCAUCCAAUACUCGCAAACCGGCACCUCGAUACACGCAUCAAAUUGGCGAUUUUGAAGAGCGUAGUGAAAGAACUCGAGGCGGCGCAGAUGAAAGCAGCGAAAAUCAUCCUAGGAUGCUCCACGCGCACAAGUAAUGCAGCCGUGAGGGCAGAAUUGGGGAUCCAAUCCCUACGGUCGGGAAGAGACGCGAGGAGGCAUGGCGGUAUCGCAUGUGCGGGAUGGAAAGGAGAGGAGAGGUUGCCGAGGAUUGUAUGGGAGGCGAAGUGGGCAAACAAAAAGAGGGGUAGACAACCCACGGAAUGGGUCAAGGUUGUAGAGGACGUAUGGAAGGGGCUCGACAUCGACGAAGAUGAAACGCUGGAAACGGAGGGUCUACAGGGAUUCAAGGAGAAGAUAUCUAUUGCUUGUGCCGAGAGAGAAGAACAGAAUCUGAGGAAAGAAUCCAAGGAUAAGGAGGGUCUAGAAGUGUACGGAAUGUUGAAGGAAGGAAUAGGGUUCAAGGACUACCUACAUGGACCAAUGGAUGCAGGAACAAAGCUUAAGGUCAAAUUCAGGACCGAGGACACAAGCCUUCGAGAACGUCGACGAAGACAUAGGACGGUAGACGAGGAAGACGACGAGUUCAAAUGUGAUUGCGGCUUCGAAUGCGAAGACCGUGUUCAUGUAGUCGCGGAAUGUCCGUUGUACAAGAAGGAGAGGGAAGUGUACGUGACUGAGCUGGGAAAAAUAGAUGGAACGUACAGGGAGAUGUUUGAGGCAUGGAAUAGAGAGGAAAGGACGGUAGCUGUACUGAGGCAUCGGAGGUGGGUUGAAAAGGCGGGAAUGGAUACCGAUAGGAUGGACAGACUAGGGAAGACAUUUUUGAGCCACCUUUGGCAAAGUAGAAAGGAACGAUUGGCCAUCGGUGAUCGGUCCUGUGGGAACAAUGCUCCGUCCUCUCGAGGACACGUGGUCAAUGGUCUAACCGCGAAGGCAUGA